UGAAAGAGCAGUUCUUUAACGAAUCAGAUCUCAGUCUUGGCCUACUUGAGAUGCCAGCUUAGCAGCAGGACGUGUUGACAUAUUUUUAUCAUCAUAUAUACUCGUCGGAGCCGGCGACGGAGGAAUUUCACCGGCAAUAUCCGAUAUUCAACUCCCGGAAUAACCAAAUUCCUUGCUCUCUCCACCAUUCAGUCCCAGAGAUGCAGUUCAUUAAAUUGUAAAACCGGAAUUUUUUCUAUCAGUUUUGGUGUCGGUGGCCGUGUGAUAGCGGCAAAGGGACUCGAAUUGAGCUGAUAUAUGGCUUACAGGAGGAAGCAGCAGAUGCCUAAAGUUUCUACCUUUACGAGUGAUUUUGGAAGUCCGCCUGAUGACAGUUCUUCUUCUUCAUCUGCUUCUUCUCUCGCUGCUAAGGCAAUAAGAGCAUCAUCCGCAUACAAAGACUCUUCUCUUUCCUUCGCAUAUGGUCAGUCAGCUCUUUCAUCUCCUCGCGACUCCAAUUCGUUACGAUUUUCUGCUCCGGUUUCAACAGCAUCAUUCGCAUACAUAGACUCUUCUCUCUCCCCUUCCUAUGGUCAAUCAUCUCCUGGUCAGUCAAAUCCGUUAAGAUCUUCUGCUCCGGUUUCAGCAGCUAAGGAUUCAUCCAACUAUGAGUAUACAUCAAUGAAAAACUUGAGUGAAUCAAAACAAGGUAUUUGGGGAGUACUGGCUAGGAAAGCGAAAUCUAUUAUUGAUGAUAAUAAUACAGACCAACCACAUGUAAGCGAAGUAAGACCAAGGAUGCAACAUAUGCCUGAUACUGCAACCAGUGGUCAGCAAUAUGACAGAAAACAGUUGCCUGAAAGCCUUAGAAAAGCUGAGGGCCAUAAACUACAGAAGGGAUUAGAUGCUCUUGCAUCUUCCCUUAAUUAUAUUGGUGGGACCAUCGGAAAUGCUUUUGAGGAGGGUCUUGCAGUUGUGGAGAAUCGUACUGCAGAUAUCAUUCAGGAAACCAAAAAGCUACAAAUAAGGAUAAAAGAUAGCAGCUCUGUUCCACAGAAUAAUGCUUCAAUGAGUGAUGCUCGUCAGCAACCUCUGUUGCGGCCCCACAUGCAACCCCAGACACAAACUGAUUUGGAAACUCAACUCAAGGCAUCUCGCGACGUUGCAAUGGCAAUGGCUGCAAAAGCAAAGCUUCUUCUUCGGGAGCUGAAGACUCUGAAAGCUGACCUAGCUUUUGCUAAAGAACGUUGUGCGCAGCUAGAAGAAGAAAACAGAAUUCUUCGAGAGAGCCGUGAAAAGGGCGGCAAUCCUGAAGAUGAUGAUUUGAUAAGGCUCCAGCUCGAGACACUUUUGGCAGAAAAGGCUAGGUUGGGUCAAGAGAACUCAGUCCUAACACGGGAGAACCGUUUCUUGAGGGAGAUUGUUGAAUACCACCAGCUCACUAUGCAGGAUGUUGUCUAUCUCGAUGAAAAUAGUGAAGAGGUGACUGAAGUGUACCCCAUAAAGGUUGUAAGUCCACAAGUGACCAAGGAUAACUCAUCUCAUCCUGCGUCAUCCUUAGAGACGAAGGAUGUUUUGUGUGAUGUCACCUCUCAGAGCUCUUUCAUCCAAAUUCCUGCUGAAGAUGAUUUAGGAAGACACUGAUUUCAAGUUGUUGGAUGUAUUGCCUCGAUCUUCUCCAACCAAAAGUGUGAAUGGAUGUUCAGUGUGAUUUCUUUUGGUUGAACCUGGUCAUCCCGAAACUUAAUAUGUAUUGAACGAACUUGUUAUCAUUUUUUGGUUUAUUUUCUUGGUAGGAAAGGCAAAUGCACUGGAGUUGGAGAGCAUGAAUUGUGGCUUGUUUAGUUAUGCUAUAAGCUUGCUGGAGGUCCUUUUACGAAUGUAUACUAACAUGAAGAAUUAAUAUAAUGCUUUAAUUCAAAGUC